CUGCCCCCGAGGCCCAACUUGUACGAUGAGGUCGAAUGGGGACCGCAUGUGAAUCAGAAGGAUGCUCGUAUUGCCCACCGCUUCUGGUUUCGCGCAGACUCGGCGAUUCAAGCAGACCACAAUACUGCAGGGGAGAGGCCAUUCUUGCGCCCAGUCGAUGACGAGGAGAGAGCUGCGGACCAGAUGCAUGCCCUAGCACGUAACAUUUACAAUGACCUGAUGCGUCAACAUCUCGCCCCGGUUAACCCCAAUGAUCAGGGGACAGCAUGGACGAAUCACUCGUGGCAGUUCCAUGACAUCUUCCCAAAGGACGAAAGGUCCCAGGACGAUGACGAGAUUAUCCGGUGGACAUUCUUUGAACCCAAGGCGACCCAGUCCAUGAAAUCUGACCAACUCAAAGAGGCUCUUGUUGAGAGGGGUCUCGAUCCCAAGGGUACAGUCGCUGUACUGCGCCAGCGUCUUGAAGCAUACCAGACAGCAGGGCCGGAGUGUUAUCGGGCCCUGCGGCGCAGUGACCUCUCCCGUUGGGGAGUUGAAAGGACAGACAUCAGUCGCCUGUUCGCGAUCAACAUCUCAGAGGAUGAGACAGCACGUACAGUUGACCUGUACACUUGCGCCAUCCUCCGAAGCCCAUACAACCCUGUGUACUGGAUGGGUCGAGCUUAUUGCCACUACCGACACGCCAUGGUUGACCUUGCCAUUGGGGACGCAUAUCGAGCCCAGCUCCUACUUGAGGUGUUAGUCAAUCCUUUAAGACGAAACAUCCAACCUGGCCUUUAUACUCUGGUCUGGCAUGCGAUUGAGCAGCACAUUGAGGUCGGCGGAGUGCAAGAUGAGAUUCGCUUGCGGCGCCGUGGCAAUGGAAUCAACUACUUUAUUCCAACCAUGCGCAAGGCACUUCAGAACAUUAUCAGUCUCAGUCUCAUGGCUCUUCGAGGGUGGAAUGAUCAACCGCACUUCGAGCAGGACCUUGUGGACAAGGUUAUCAUGAAUGAUCGCGAUACGCUACCGUCCAAACGGCGCCCUGAGGUUUUCAAAAAGAUUAAAGAAUCUUCGACGUGCAAUUGGACGCUGACCAAGGACUACGCUCGCAAUACCCUGUAUCACGAGCGACGUGGUGGGUGGAGUUAUGGAGACAGACCCUAUCCCUACGAAGCAGAUGAUACGGUGAGAUUGCCCAAGACCGGCGAAGGGGAAGGCUUUGCGGAAAAGGCAAACGAGUUAUUCGUCACCAAGAAUGCCAGCCUCCCCUGGAAGAAGUGCAGGAUCGCGAUGGAAAGAGAGCAAAGGUAUAUGAUCUUGGCGACCGAAGACAUCGCCAAAGAUGAACUCAUCUGGGUCGAAAUACCUUCAGCCCGGGGCCACCUUGCCGUCAAACGACCGCCACUUCCCCAAGACCACGUCCCCGCGAGGAUACUCGAUUGUGAUAACUGCCGAAGAGUGAUCACUUCCAAUGAGCAGCGUAGGCAGAGAGAUGAGCUCAGCCAGGCGAGAAGGGCUAACCCGAAAAACAAAACCACCAGAGAAGCAUGCGGCUGUAUCGACAGUGACCCACCUAUUAUAUUCUGCCCUGCUCGAGGAGAAGACGGCGACGAAACCUGCGCUGAGAACGCUCGGAGACGAUACCACUUCCGUGCAUGUGGGAAGGAUUGGGAAUGGCUUCACGACGCCAUGCGACCUGUCGUCUACAGAUUCAAGGAUAAAGAAACGUGGCUCUCACAUUCCAACGAGAUGCAUGGCACCGUGUUAAGCCUCCUGCUCCGGGAAGUCCUCGACAUAACCCUUCUCAGACGGAAGACAAACGCGACUCUUCACGCACACGAGAUCGACGAGCUCUUCGCCCUCGAAGGCCGCGCGGACUGGGCCAACCAGAGCUUCCCCUUUACAUUCGCCGCCAACAUCCAGGUCCCCAUUGACAUCCUGAUGACCCUGGGCGUCGACGUAUUCCGGGACCUCAAUUUCGAUACCUGGGUGAUCCAGCGAAUUCUACAGAAACUCCUGGUGAACGCCGUACCUUGGGAUCAGGGCCUACGCGUCAAGAUCAACCGAAACGACAAGAUCAAGAAGGGCUGGGGGUUCCCAAGACCCAGUCAACAAAAGGGAUGGGGUGACGAAAAGUACGAGAAGUAUGACCCCACCUGUCGGUUUUUAUACCUGUUUCCGGGAUUCAGCUUCUUCGAUCAUGCGUGCAAGGACAACAGCAAUGCGCAAUGGGGAUAUGACACGGAGAUCCCCAAUCGAUUGCUCGUAUGGGCGUCUAAAACGAUCAAGGCCGAGGAGGAGAUCCGCAUCUCUUAUACUUCCGAUCGAGACAGAGACGAGAGAGAUUCUGUCCUACAGCGUGUGCUGGGUAAGCCAUGUAGCUGCCCUGGGCCA